AUGGAAAGCUACAAAGAUGUGAUUCUCAGCCAGGCUCCGGCCAUGUACGACAAGACGGCGCGCGCCCCCACCAUCUCACUGGAGAACUACAAGGGCAUCCUUCUCUGUGCACGCCCAACAAAUCUCCCACACGGCCCGUCCACGCAGCUGCGCAGCGACACUGGGGGCCCCGGCUGCCUCGUAACCGCAAGUGGCGAGCCCGUGCCCGCGUUUGUUCCCGGCGGUGCGACGGAAAAGCCGGCGGGGCUGGGGCCUUCUGCCGAGGACCGUGCAACGAUGGAGCGCAACAACCGCAAGCGGCUAGAGAACUACAAAAAUCACCGAGCGAAUGCGUGCACCGUGCUGACGCGUCACCGACGCUGGCUUCAUAGUUUUGCACAGCAGGUGCGAAAGAUGAAGGAUGAUGAGAUACAGCGCGAGGUUGAUCUCGCGCGGCGGGCGGAGCUGCUGCGACAGCAGAGCGCGCAAAGACACGCCGAGGCCGCCGCGUGCAGUCCUUGUGCUGGAGCGGGUGCAACAGCAGCAAGGGAGCUCCAGCAGCAGCAACAACAGCGACAGCAGCAACAAGCUGCCGCUGACGGUGAGCGUGCCGCACCAUCUUCCGAUGGCGAAAAGAAGAAGGGCAAGAAGAAGAAGAAGCCAAAGUGGGCUCUCACUGAGGACGAGGCGCUUGAGGAUGAGCUGGAAGGGGCCAAUGACCUGCUGGAGUUCGCCAAAAAUCUCGACUACGAAAAGUUCAUCAGCGACUACGAAGUGGCGGGCGCCCUCGCCAUUAUGCGAGAGCGGGUGGAGGAGAUUGCGCGCGAGAACAACUGGAGCAAGGAGGCAAUGGAGCAUGCUGCGAGCGAGUCUGCCGAUGACGGGAUGGAAUAUGAGGACGACAUGGAGGGCAGCGAGGCGGGCGCGGCAGGCAAGGAAAGGCCGCGCAGAGAGUAUGAGGCGCACCCGCAGGUCAUCUCCACAGCAGCAGCAGCAGCAGCAAGAAAGGCGGCGCCCUGCGGUGCGGCGCAGCACGAGAAGGGGUGGGACGCCUCCAAGAGCGUCGGCGGCGUACUGCGGCGCGCCAUCUUCCGUGACACGCUGGUGCUGGCGGAGCGCAUUCUCGCCUCCUCCGCGUCAAUGCAGAAGAUUCACACCAAGUUCAGUCUCGCGCGUGUGCUGCAGAAGUGCGUGCUGAAUGGCACCGAUGCGACAGAGGCGAUGCAGAAGCCGUCAAUCGGCGGCAGUAGAGGCCUCGACGCGGUGCCGCGUGUAGCGAAGGUGCACCCCGACGCGACAGGAUUGGAGACGGGCGAUAGCGGCGCCGAUGCGGGCUCGCAGCGGGUGUUGGUGGAAAUGCAGCGCUCAAAGGAGCGGACGCAGGGCCUGCCUUACUUGUAUCGAUGCCCAGCCAUUUAG